CUACUUACCAAACAAACAAGGUCAUAAUUUAACCAAAUAUUAAUGGCAAAUAACUGAACCCAUCUUUUUGCACCACUUCGGACUACGCAGGGGAGCAGUUUGGCGGAGUUGAGGACUUGUAAGUUGUACUUGUGCUUGCUGCGGUGAAUUCUGCGUGCCGGUAUUUACCUGAUAAUGAAUGGAUUGGACUUCUGUUCAUAGAUUGUGGGAUAAAUGGGCGCCGGAAAAUGUUGGCUCAGGACAACCACUUAAGGCGGCAUUACUUGUUAACUAUGAUCCUACAGGACCCUCACGCCUCUUAUCAACCAUUGCAGAGCAAGAAGGACUUCAAGCUGAUAUUAUUGAAAUAAGUCAGUUUGUAAACUUCGUAAAGCGCAACAACUUGCAAACUGAAACCUUCCUCCUUGGACCAAAUGAAUACUUGGUAACGUCAAUUCAUGAGAAUUGGUUUCAUGCAAGGUGCAUGAACACAGCUAAGGCCUCUGGUGAAGGUGUUGUGGUGAUGCAAACAGCAGCAUUUCUCAUAGUAGCCCUAUAUGAAGGGUCAAUUGGAUCUGCAUCAUGUGCUGUGACUGCUGCUGAUCAGUUCGCAAAUCAGUUAUGCAGAAAGAGCCUUUGACAUCAUUUCAGAAGGGGAUUAUCCUAUCUCAGCUUGACAUUGUACGACUUAAUUUAAGAUUUUAGCUUAUAGUUUUAAUUUUAUGUAACCUUGAGGCACUGGUAAAACUGUCGCAUUGGGAGGCGAUACUGUUCUGAUACAGCAGGUACAUGUUCUUAUUCUAGGAUUUUGUAGUCAAAGACAAUUUGUGUUUUAAUUAUAGGAAGUAUAAUAUGAGAUCAUUUAUGUA